AUCCACUUACAAACACCUUUAACUUGUCAGAAGAAGAGUGGCAAAUUGAGAUGAAGUGUAACAAGUAUGUAGAAGCUUUGAGAAAUGUGCCACUUGCUUACCCCGAGCUUUGUUGUCAAUUGUAUGAGGGGUCUACUUCAAAUGGGUUUGCUAGUUAGGGGCCAAGUUCUAUGCUUCCUCAUCCUUCUGAGGAAGUGUAUGAACACAAGUUGGAUGAUAUGGAUGUUGUGGACGUUGAAUGCACUCAAAUGGAUUCCCCAGGUAAAGGUGUUAGUCAUGAGUCAAGUAUUUGACCCCAAAAAAAAGAAAAAGGAGAGAAACGAAAACAUAAAGCUACAUUAGAGUCAAAGCUUAUAGAAGUUAGUGAAGAUAUUAGCAAGUUGGCAAAGAUGAUGAUUGAGAAACACACACUUUCUGAUGAUAUGGAUGCAUGCUUGGAGAAGUUGGAGACAUUGGGUUGGGAUGAGUCGGAUGCGAAAUACGAAACAGUGCUUUUGCUUUUUGGUGAGAGUGCCGAUCUUCAGAAACUGUGGGUACGUCUUAAGCCACAAAAUUGUGAGAAAUGGGUUAAGAAUGCGGGAGCGAAGUGCCUUAUGGAUUCGGAAGAUAAGAUUAUAGUUUUCAUGAUCCUUUGUUGGUAUUGGGUUUCAUUAGCUUCGAGAAUAAAUUUGGGAAGGAUAAGAGACUUGAAUUCAGCAUUAACCGGUCAUGAAUACACGCAAGAAAUAUUUCCUGGAGCAAUAGGUGCCUUAGAUGGAACUCUUAUACAUGCGAUCGUGCCUGUUGAUCAACAGACUCGUUACAGGGGAAGAGGAAAAGAUAAGUAUUACCUUUGUGACGCUGCGUACACCAACACUCCUGGAUUUAUGACUCCCUACCGUGGUACGAGGUAUUGGUUAGCCGAUUUUCGACGACAACGUGCGUUAACUAAGGAAGAAAGAUUCAAUCAUGCUCAUGCAGAACUUAGAAAUGUCAUUGAACGUGCAUAUGGUGUUCUAAAGGCAAGAUUCCCAAUCCUGAAGCAAAUGGCUCCCUUUUCUUUUCCAAUACAAAGAGACAUCGUGAUUGCUUGUUUCGCCAUCCACAAUUUUAAAAGGAAAUGCAAUAUUUAUGAUCAGUUAUUUAUGGAGUAUGAUGAGAACACGAUGUUUCAUGAAAUGCAAACUGGAGAAAACGAUGGCCUUUUAGUUCAAGACAUAUAGUGGGAUUCACAAGGGAUUGAGUUUAUGAAUUCUUUACGUGGCCAGAUUGCUAAUCAGUUGCUUUUAAAUGAUUUAAAUUAAAGUUGUAUGCAGAGU